AUGUCGUCUCUCCGCACCGCCUGCAGAGGCUCGAGUGCUCUGCUCGCAAAGUCCAUCGCGCGCCCAAUCGCCCCCUCUCUGCUGCGUCCUACCUUCGCGCGGGGAUAUGCCGUGUCUACCGAUAGCCAGCACAGGCUCCUGUCAGCCAGCCUGUCCGAAGCCGAUCCGGCCGUCUUUGACAUCGUGGAGAAGGAGAAGAGGCGGCAGAAGCACUUUAUCAACCUGAUCCCCUCGGAGAACUUCACCUCGCAGGCCGUCCUCGAUGCUCUGGGGAGUGUUAUGCAGAACAAGUACUCGGAAGGCUACCCGGGCGCAAGAUACUACGGCGGCAACGAGCACAUUGACGAGGCAGAGAGGUUAUGUCAACAGCGUGCGCUGCAGGCUUUUGGCCUGAAGGACUCUGAAUGGGGUGUUAACGUCCAACCUUUGUCCGGAUCGCCCGCGAACCUCUACGCCUAUUCUGCCCUUCUCAACACCCAUGACCGUAUCAUGGGCCUCGACCUGCCUCACGGCGGUCACUUGUCGCACGGCUACCAGACACCCACCAGGAAGAUCUCCGCCAUCUCCAAGUACUUCGAGACGUUGCCCUACAGGCUCAACGAGCAGACUGGCUUGAUCGAUUACGACAGGCUGGAAGAGCUGGCUAUGCUGUACCGCCCCAAGAUCAUCGUUGCCGGAACCUCGGCUUACAGCCGACUGAUCGAGUACGAUCGUUUCCGACAGAUUGCGGAUAAGGUCGGCGCGUAUCUCCUUUCUGACAUGGCGCACAUUUCUGGUCUUGUUGCUGCUGGCGUCAUUCCGUCGCCUUUCGACAAGUCUGAUGUCGUCACCACGACGACGCACAAGUCUCUCCGUGGACCCCGCGGCGCCAUGAUCUUCUACAGGAAGGGUGUGCGCCGCGUCGAUAAGAAGGGCGUCGAGGAAUUGUACGACCUUGAGGGCCCUAUCAACGCGUCCGUCUUCCCCGGCCACCAGGGCGGUCCCCACAACCACACCAUCACGGCCCUUGCGGUUGCCCUGCAGCAAGCCCAGUCUGCCGAGUUCAAAGAGUACCAGCGCACUGUCCUCUCCAACGCCAAGGCGCUGGCCGAGCGUCUCGGAAACCCCAAGGGCAAGGGCGGUCUGGGCUACAACAUCGUCUCCGGCGGCACGGACAACCACCUUGUGCUCGUUGACCUCAAGGACAAGGGCGUCGAUGGCGCGCGCGUCGAGCGCGUCCUCGAGCUCGUCGGCGUUGCCUCCAACAAGAACACGGUUCCGGGCGACAAGUCGGCAAUGAAGCCCGGCGGGCUGCGCAUGGGCACGCCGGCCAUGACGACGCGUGACUUCCAGCCCGACGACUUCAGGCGCGUGGCCGACAUUGUGCACCGCGCGGUCACCAUCACGCAGAAGCUGGACAAGGAGGCGCGGGAGGCAAUGGAGACCAAGGGUCGCAAGAACCCCGCAUCGCUCAAUGCCUUCAGGGAGUUCCUCGGCGAGGGCGAGAACGUGACGGACAUUAUCCAGCUGCGGAAAGAGGUUGAGGACUGGGUGGGCACGUUCAGCCUGCCGUGGCAGAAGAACGGCUCGUAA